GGUGUCCCCCCCAGGCCCGCCCAGCCCACCCAGCCAGCGUCUCCCUCCCCUUUCCUCCGGGGUCCUGCCCAGCUCCCUGGGGGAACUCCACUGUUCCGAGCACUCCGGGCGGGGCCAGAGGCCAGCCUGGGCUGGAGGGUCGGGGUGGGGGGAGGAGAAAGGCGAAGCAGGGGCGAGAGAAAUUAGGAGGCGGGAGAAAUCCGGCACCAAAAGGAAGAGGAGAGGCAAAGGAUGGUGGAGAGCACUUUUUGGAGGCCGCCACGCUACGUCCCAGGCUGGCCCGGGUGAACCGGGGGAGAGGAGGAGAGGGCGGUGCAGGGCGGGUGCUGGGACGGCCGGGGAAGCACCGCACGGGCUUGACCUUUCCAGGCACCCGGCUGCAGCCACCGCCUUCCUGGGACCAGACACCGGGCGGCCCCAGGGCGCUGGGCACUCCCGCAGCAUCCAGGCGGGCGGGAGAGCCGUGCGCCCUGGGCGCGCGAGCCAACGAGGCCCGUGGAACCCUGCGCGCCUGGACUCGAGGCCGGCUUGGCGAUGCACGCCCUCACGGGCUUCUCUCUGGUCAGCCUGCUCAGCUUCGGCUACCUGUCCUGGGACUGGUCCAAGCCGAGCCUCGUCGCCGACGGACCCGGGGAGGAUGGCGUGGAACAGCCCUUGGCCGCUCCGCCCCAGCGUCCCCACAUCAUCUUCAUCCUCACCGACGACCAGGGCUAUCACGACGUGGGCUACCAUGGCUCAGAUAUUGAGACCCCUACGCUGGACCGGCUGGCAGCGGAGGGCGUCAAGUUGGAGAAUUACUAUAUCCAGCCAAUCUGCACGCCUUCACGGAGCCAGCUCCUCACCGGCAGAUACCAGAUCCAUACAGGACUCCAGCACUCCAUCAUCCGCCCUCGGCAGCCCAACUGCCUGCCCCUGGACCAGGUGACCCUGCCUCAGAAGCUGCAGGAGGCAGGUUACUCCACCCACAUGGUGGGCAAGUGGCAUCUGGGCUUUUACCGGAAGGAGUGCCUGCCCACGCGCCGGGGCUUUGACACCUUCCUGGGCUCCCUCACAGGCAACGUGGACUACUACACCUACGACAACUGUGACGGCCCAGGGGUGUGCGGCUUUGACCUGCACGAGGGUGAGAGUGUGGCCUGGGGGCUCAGCGGCCAAUACUCCACCAUGCUGUAUGCCCAGCGCGCCAGCCACAUCCUGGCCAGCCACAACCCCCAGCGGCCCCUCUUUCUCUAUGUGGCCUUUCAGGCUGUGCACACGCCCCUCCAGUCCCCCCGAGAGUAUCUGUACCGCUACCGCACCAUGGGCAACGUGGCCCGGAGGAAGUACGCAGCCAUGGUGACCUGCAUGGACGAGGCUGUGCGCAACAUCACCUGGGCCCUCAAGCGCUAUGGUUUUUAUAACAACAGUGUCAUCAUCUUCUCCAGUGACAACGGCGGUCAGACUUUUUCUGGAGGCAGCAACUGGCCCCUCCGAGGACGCAAAGGCACUUAUUGGGAGGGAGGUGUGCGGGGCCUAGGCUUCAUCCACAGCCCUUUGCUCAAGCGAAAGCGAUGGACCAGCCAUGCACUGGUGCAUAUCACGGACUGGUACCCAACCCUGGUGGGUCUGGCAGGAGGCACUGUGUCAGCAGCCGAUGGGCUUGAUGGCUAUGAUGUGUGGCCGGCCGUCAGCGAGGGCCGGGCCUCACCUCGCACAGAGAUCCUGCACAACAUUGACCCGCUCUACAACCAUGCCCAGCACGGCUCCCUGGAGGGUGGCUUUGGCAUCUGGAAUACUGCAGUCCAGGCUGCCAUUCGUGUGGGCGAGUGGAAGCUGCUGACUGGAGACCCCGGCUCUGGCGAUUGGAUUCCACCGCAGACACUGGCUGCCUUCCCCGGCAGCUGGUGGAAUCUGGAGCGGAUGGCUAGUGUCCGCCAGGCUGUGUGGCUCUUCAACAUCAGCGCUGACCCUUAUGAACGGGAAGACUUGGCUGGCCAGCGACCUGAUGUGGUCCGAGCCCUGCUGGCCCGCCUGGCUGACUAUAACCGUACUGCUAUCCCUGUGCGCUACCCGGCCGAGAAUCCUCGGGCUCAUCCUGACUUUAAUGGAGGCGCGUGGGGGCCCUGGGCCAGUGAUGAGGAAGAAGAGGAAGAUGAGGAAGAAAGCAGAGCUCGAAGCUUCUCCCGUGGUCGCCGUAAGAAAAAGUGCAAGAUUUGCAAACUUCGGUCUUUUUUCCGUAAACUCAACACCAGGCUGAUGUCCCACAGGAUCUGAUGGCGGGGGUGGCAGGAUCUUUCCCCACUUCAGCCUGGUCCUACUCCUUCUCAGGUAGAAGCCUGAGGUCGAGUCUCCCUCUGCAGGGAAAUGGAGGGGCAGAGCCCUUCAGUUGGACAGGGUGGGAAACUUGCUGGGGCUGAGAUAGGCAGACUGGGAUUCCCGUCCUGCCUCUUCACUGAUUGUGCUGUGACCUCAGGUGACUUAUGUGAGCUUCCGGCCUCAGUUUCCUCAUCUGUAAAACAAGCUCUGAUGACUUCGUGACUCUGAGGUGCACUUGGUCCCUGGGGUCCCGGUGCAGUCCUGGCCAGCCUCGCUGCCUCAUAUCUUGCACCAGACCUUUCCCCCUUCCUGGUCUCUACUGCUGCUUGGGUGAGGGGCCACCUGGAAGCAGCUUCUAGCUGGACAUUAGCUGCAGCAUGGCUAGCUGACUGCUCUUUGAAGGGACCCUGGGAGCUGAGGGUGACAGUGGCUAGGUUGGGAGACUGUCCUUCUUAGGUCUUCACAUGAUCUAGGCCAGUCCUGACCAGAGGUAUCAAGGCCAUGGUGGAAGGUUCUCUCUGUCCCCAAAUACCCAGAGCUACUGCCUGGGCCCCCGGCUGCUGCAGUGUCAAGGGCAACAGAAACAGCGGUGAAAAGAGCCCCUGACCCUAUCAUUUCCUUUGACCUUAGGCACAGUCCUUCCCCUCGGGGUCUCACUCUCCUGGCUGUGCCUACCUCAAAGGACUGCAGAAGUCUGGCCCACCGAAUGGUUGUGAAGGAGCCUGUGAACUUGAUUAAAUGCCUUUAUGCAGAG